GGGCACGGGGCACAAACAGCAGCACACCUGCAGCCAUGACCGUCCCCAUCGCCAAGUCCUUCUAUGACCUGAGCGCCACCUCCUUGCAGGGGGAAAAGGUGGAUUUUGGGGUUUUCCGGGGCCGCGUGGUCCUGAUCGAGAACGUGGCUUCACUCUGAGGCACCACGGUGCGGGAUUACACCCAGCUCAACCAGCUCCAAGCCCGCUACCCCCGGCGGCUGGUCGUGCUGGGCUUCCCCUGUAACCAGUUUGGAUACCAGGAGAACGGCACCAACGAGGAGAUCCUCAACACCCUGAAGCAUGUGCGGCCCGGGGGUGGCUUCGAGCCCAACUUCACCCUGUUCCAGAAGUGCCAGGUGAACGGGACCGACACCCAUCCUGUGUUCGCCUACCUCAAGGCUCACCUGCCUGCACCGGCUGACGAGGCCACACACCUGAUGGGCGAGCCCCGCUUUGUCACCUGGAGCCCUGUGCGGCGCUCCGACAUCUCCUGGAAUUUUGAGAAGUUCCUGGUGGGGCCUGAGGGGGAACCGUUCCGGCGCUACAGCCCCCGUGUGCCCACGGCCCAGCUGGAGCCUGACAUCCAGCGUCUCCUCAAGCUGGCCAAGUAAUCCUAGCUCCAGCAUGAUCCUGGCUCUGGUGUGAUCCUGGCUCCGGCGUCACCCCGGGAUGGCCCCAGCUCUCCGCAGAAUGACAGCCCCCUCUGAAACCUCCAGGGGGAGGGGGCUUGAUGGGGGCAGAGGGUUGGAGCUGCCGGGGUGGCGUGGGCUGGUGGCAAUAAAUGAGCUGGAGGGAGUGUGCCUGGA